GCUGGGCGAAAAGAACGCACGACGCCAUGUUGAAAAUAGUGAACUGUCUGAAGGUAGCGAACGGAGGAAUUUCCUAAGUGAAAAAUAAAUAAAUAGUGUUUUUGCGAUGUCUUUUCGUGAGCAUUUGCACGAAAUUUACGAUUAAAGAUAAAGUAUGUGGUUACGAAGUGACAGUACAUCGCCGCGGCGAUCACGUCGUUGUAGUUUGCGCACUACAACAAUAACGCCGAAUUCUAUUUUGACGCUUUCACGAAGGCAAAAACCUGGAAAAUCGAUCAAAUUCUAUCCGGCAUCAAACAAUAAUAAUAACAACAACAAUGCGUGUACACGUAAAUCAGUCGGGACCCAUUCAAAACUUAUCAAGUGCAAUACAACUUCAAAUCCCACAAAUGUCAGAGCGCCACCGAUGGUGAAACGUUUGACUGCAGUGCGUAAUCGGCCAAUAUUGUCACGACCGAAAAGCCGGAACACGGAAAAGGAGAAUAUUUGGAAAGAUUCGAAUGAGAUAACAUUGUACGAGCAAUGCGCGAACAAUGUAUGUCAGAAGAAAUCCCAGCCAGGUAAGGAUUCUGGUCUAGGCCCACCGAAUGAUGAAUUAAAUAGUUUCGGACCAAUUUCGUUGGCGAGGGAUAGUUGUUCGAAGGAGAGGUCGUUAGAGAGACGACAAUUUGAAGUUUCAACAUCUACGAAUAGCAAUAAUUGUAAUAAUGAACCGGUUUCAACCACAGAUUUAUGUACGUCUGAGAUACAAACAAAUGUUGAACAAUCAGACCAUCCGAACCACCAAGAAAGAGCUGAGCGACAACAGGUUGAGACAUCGAUAACGCAUGUCAAGUGUGUUACGGAAUGCGAUAGUACAACUGAUUAUAUACAAAGCACUAUACACACAAUUCAGAUGGAGAACACUAGAACGUUAGUGAGCCUGAACGAGGGAGGUUGUUCCAGCCAGUCGGGUGGAGAAGGAUCCUCAACAAUGGAUAUCGUUGUUCCAGAGGUUGAUUCUACCACGACGGAUAUUCUGGCCUCGGUCGACGGUAUGGGGCAGUCAGUUUUAGCAACAUAUCCAUCUUGCAAUUAUGCAAGUAAAUACGAUGAUUCUGCAACAUCUACUAUUUCCGAUCUCAUGUCGCUGUUCCCAGAAGAAGAAUUGGCCAAGUCAACAUCAUCACCGGUAAACCCCUUGGCUGCAAGCUCUUCUUCGAGUCCUCAUCAUCAGUUUUCUAGCAAUGAUCUAAUGCCUCAUUAUUUGAUGUGCAGUUCAGCGUUAACUCAAGAUUUUCUCAACUGCAACGAACCAAGCCACCUUUGUGAUAAUACGGAUCAGCUAUCUCAACCACAUGCUAUUGAGAACCUUAAGGCGUUAACAAAUCUCCCAACUCAUCCGACAAAUCUAUUCUCUUCCUUAAAUUUUUCUCGAUGUGGAGGAAACGAAGUCAAUUCAUUGAUAACAAACAUUUCUUCGAAUUCAUAUGAUCAUAAUCACGGUGGGGAAGUGAGUGUUUAUUGCUAUAGACCAUCAAUGUGCGAUAGUGGCCAUGAAGAUGAAGAUGAGAACAGGAUGGACACGGAUACAGAUUGCCCUGAAAUUGAAGAAAUGCCGGAGACGAGACAAGACGAAACGGCUUUGGAUACGUUUGAUCCUUAUUUAUUCAUAAAACGAUUGCCACCACCAACAGUUGAGAUGCGAGCUAAAUGCCCAGCACUGCCAUUGAAAACUCGAUCCAGUCCUGAAUUCAGUUUGGUGUUGGAUUUAGAUGAGACAUUGGUUCAUUGUAGUCUACAAGAGUUGUCGGAUGCAAGUUUCAAGUUUCCGGUGUUAUUUCAGGAUUACAAGUAUACAGUAUUUGUUCGUACUCGUCCUUUCUUUCGUGAAUUUUUGGAGCAGGUGUCGAAGCGCUUUGAGGUUAUUCUAUUUACGGCUUCGAAGCGGGUAUACGCUGAUAAAUUAUUAAAUCUACUUGAUCCAGAGCGAAAGUGGAUUAAAUAUCGUCUAUUUCGGGAACACUGUGUGUUAGUGAAUGGCAAUUACAUAAAAGAUCUCACAAUAUUGGGAAGAGAUUUAUCAAAAACAAUUAUCAUUGAUAAUUCACCUCAAGCUUUCGGAUACCAACUGGAGAAUGGAAUUCCAAUUGAAAGUUGGUUUAUGGACCAAAAUGAUUCAGAGCUUAUGAAAAUUUUACCAUUUUUAGAACAAUUGGCAACACUGCGCGAGGAUGUACGGCCUCAUAUACGCGAGAAAUAUCGUCUAUUUUCUUAUCUGCCACCCGAUUAAGUUAAAUCGCAAGUAGAAUUUUAAAUCAUGCAUACAUAUAGGACAAAAGUAAAUGAAAACAACAAAUGUAACAAAUUGAUGGUAGUUAAAUUAAAUUCUAAUUUAUAUUUAAAUAUUCGUAAGAAUAAAGGAACGUAAGACAACCUUAUAACAAGUUCAAGAUUUGGUAUUGUGAAAAUCUUUUUCAGACGAAAUUGUGUAAUUGUAAAAAUAAAUCCAAUUUUACUGUUAAGUAGUAGAAGGGAAGUGAAAUCAGGCGAAAGAGCGAACAUUAACAAAUUACAACAUUAACUUAUUAUGUAGGAGAAUUUUACACCAUGAUAUUAUUUUUUCAGAAUGAUGGCGAAAUAUGAAAAUAUGAAUUCUCGGGAUCUAUGGAAAUAUCUAUCUAACAUAGAUCUUCAACCGUGUUGGUUGUUCUGUAGGAAACCUUUCAUUUCACUGUCAGAGUAAUGCACAACAACAAUCAUGGCAAAAAUAAUUAAAUGCCUCCACCUCCACGGUUUAGAACGCUAAAAUGUUCAAGUGUGAGAUGCAGGCUUCACUACUCACAUGCUUUUCCUAUCUUUAUUUGUGUUGUAUUUGGUAGGAAUUAGUUCAUUUCAUAUUUUGUGCUCUGUAUUCUGUAUUCAUUGUUCGCCUCUAUUACAGAAGGGAAUUGUUUCCAUUGCGAAUAAUUUUGGGUGAAAUUCAUGAUACACAAUCCUACAAAAUUUCGAAUAUUCAUUGAUAUAAUCGCCAGAUGGAUCGUCAAUAUGAAAGCUGGACAAAACCAUAUCCUUUUGUACAUCACAAACAGAAAUGUAUUGACAUUCGAUAAGUUUUCGUUCCUUAAUUUUAAGUUUUGUUUUCGCAAUAUUCGGAUAGUGGGAUUAUGAAUUAAGUAUUAGAUGUGUGCAGGACACAAUUGAAUGAAAUGAUACAUUUUGAUACAGGACUUUUUUUAUUGAUCUCAUUGGAAAAGGAAUGCUAUAUGUAAUGUUGACACCAUCAUCAUGGUUUUAGUGUAAAGAAUGACUAAUAUGUAGCAAGGCAGUUGCUAUGUUAAAGCCCAGUUUUCCCCAGCGUCCUCUUACAGAAUCGAACAAAUUUCAUAUGCCAUUAAAACAGUGAAUUAAACAAACAGUUUUUAAUUUCUAAGAAUACGAUACUGGGGUGUGAUGGAGGUAGAAUUACGCUUACUUCAUAUAUUUGCUCGAUUGGUGAGUAGGUCAUCAAGCUCUUGAUUUGUCAUGUUUAGUAAGAAUGGGUCAAGUAGUUUUGCUAAAUUAAAUUCAAAAUUCGAUAUUUUUUGUUGCUGCUUACUUCUGGGUUAGAAAGUUGGUGGAAAGUUAAUUUCUCGGCAUAUAUUGCUAUCCUCAAGGGGAGGGGUUCUAGCUCAAGUGGGUAGUUUUGUAAAUGGUUGUGAUUUCAAACAAGGGGAACAAAACAAUUUAAACUUGAUAUAAGUCAUAUUAGUCUUGUACAUAUAAAUAUAGAGCAACUAAAGCACCGGAUUGUAACGUGAGCAAUUGUUUGCUUUCGGGUAGGGUGGCGUUUCUAUUAUUCUGACACAUAUCCUAUGAACAUUUGAUUUUUCUAGACCCUUUCAUCUUUGUUUCCAUUUUUGCGUUUGUUUUGUGGAUUAUAAUAGAUUUUCGGUGACAGAAAAGACACAGUAGGGCUUCUUUGGGAUUGUACGUUGAUUAAAUGUAAACAACAAUGGUUUUUGAGAAAAGCCUUUGUGCGCCUCUGCGUAUUUCUGGGAAUUCAUCACACCUCUGUAUUACAUUACGAUAUGGUGCUUUUAUCUUGAUAAAGAAUCGUAAUGAUAUGAUAAUGUACGUAAAAUACAAAAUGGUUAUAAACAAAAUAUUUGUCAUAGAUGUGUAAUGAAUAGAUUAUUAUUGCAAUGUUAGCUGUAAGUGUGGACAGAAAUAUGGAGGGUGAACGUUGUUUUUCACUGUAAAUUUGGUUCAAUCUUCAUUUUGUGUUGAAAGUUCAUCGUCUCGAAGGAAGCUUUUAAGUUCUUGUUUCUGGAGCAUCGUAGCGACUUAAGUUCAUUCUCAGAACCCCCUAGAUAGUCUGUAGAAUGUACUUGAUGGGAUGGGUGCCCUUAACAACAUGAUGAAUAACACCAAAUCUACGAGUGUUCGCAUUUACACCUAACUUCCGUACUCCGAUCUAUGUAAAAACGAUAGAAAUGUUGAAAUAUCUUAUUAAGCUAUUUUUACUAUAAUAAUUGUGAUUAUUAUUAUUUUCUCUGCUAUACAAUCAGUGUAAUUUGCAAGUAUAAAGUCUACAAAACAACAAUGAAAUUAUAAAUCAUUUGUCUAUUGUGUUUAUGACUUCUAUCACUUCUUGUUGAUGAAAAUACUUUGUAUGCAAAUAUUUAUUAGUUUCUUUAUCCAUCAUAAUCUUAUUGUAACAAUAUGUAUAUUUUUUGAAAUGAAAUUACAUUUUUUUCUACUUUUACUAUGAGUGGCCAUAAUAUUUUCUUAUACAUAUUAAACAUAUUAAAUUGGAACAAAAAUUCAAAUGGAAAUAAGAAUAAUUUGAUGAACGUCAAGUCAAUAUUAUUAUUGUGUAAACAGAAUUUUAAGGCAAAAUGUCGAAUGUUUCGCAUUAUAUGAAAACAAGAGAUUUAUAAUUUUAUUAAAUUGAAAAUUUAUUCUGUUGAUAUAGUAAGAAAGUUUUCAGAUGUUUUCUUAAUUGUACAGAAAAUAAAGGAUCCGUCAAACAAUAACAAUGCUACAAAUAUAUAUUCGGAGAGGAGAAGAAAAAAGUGCAUAUUAUAUAUAAUUUCUGUUUUUAAGAGAAAGAUUCAAAAUAUAAAUAAAGUAUUAUUAAAUUAA